CCGAACCGGUCCAGACCAAAGGAGACCCGACCCUGCAAAAAUACCCGAAUUGCCUUCAAUCUAUCCAUACUACGCUCUCCUCUUCUGCCGUUGCUCUCGUCCUCCGGUUCCGAUCUGAAAGAUUCAACUCAGCGUUAUCCUCUACAUUCGGGUUCCUGCAGGUUCUGAACCAAGUCACGAAAUUCGCUCCUUCCAGCUGCUGCCAUUGCUCCGGCGCCGUCGCGAUCUGAGUCUGCCAUUGAAGCUCGGAGAGAGUUUGUCGCCGCUGCGCCGAGGAGGACUCGCUGCAACUUCCGCCGUUUUCUACUUCAGCAGGUUCUACGCCGGUCUCCGCCCCCUGCGCUGGUUUCCUCCGCCGCUAGUAUCUCGCGUUGGCGUCCCUUGUUCAAAACCGUGGAGCCCUUCCACGAUUUGAUGAUCUCCGGCAGUAUCAGGAUGAAGCCGCCUAUGACCUCUUCUCCUCCUCCACUGCUUCUUCCCCAUUCAAAUGCUAUAUGCUUUUUGAGUGGAUUCAUCGGUUCAUUUAAACGGGUCAAACUCGACCCGUUUUUACUCAAAUAACGUAAACUGCAACUGAGGUUCUUGGAGCUCUGAAGCCAGCUGCACCGCCGUUGCCGCAGUGCACCAGCACCUCAUUUGUGUUCGACUUCUUCCAAGUUGUUCUCAUCUUGUUUCGACAGUGUCAAUGGUGGAUUCACAGAAUGUUGAAGGUUACAGGCCUGCUCCGGAUUUUGAGGAAGAUAGGAGAAGUGCACUCCUUAAUCUUGAGAUGAAUGACUCCACUGAGCUUUGGCUCAUUAAGUUACCCUUUUCAACUUCAUCCCACCAAAGCAGGAUGGAGCAUAUGUUAUCCGAGAUUGAUGGGGAGGAAUUGUCUUUCAAUCUUCAUAGUGAUGGAAAACUUGCCAGCUUUGAGGACUCAUCUGAGAAACUAUAUGAUUUUGUCAGCUACCCUUCCCAGGAGCCAGAUGAAAUGGUUUUUGUUCCCUCUCCUACAGAACCGAAAAUCGCUGGAAAGAUUUCACGGCGAGUAUCUAUUGUACAUUACCCAGAUCCUAAAGAACUUGAAGAACGCAAGAUUAUUGCAAGACAUGCGCAUCAAAAUUCUUCAGGAGUCACAAAGACAACUUCGUCCCGAUAUUUCUCAACACAGAUUUCUGGUCGUGCAGGUUCUUCAAAAGGUAGCAGAGGAGUAAUGUUUUUGUUCUCUUUAUUAACCGGAAUUGUAGUAUGA